AAUUAUUUCCCCUUGAAGUUUUCGCGAAAGCGCACUUUCCAAAAUUUGUAAUAAGACGAUGUUAUUAUGGCAGAGCUUCUUAGUGACGAACUUCAAACACUAAGUCUUAAUGACAGACUGAAGCAGGUUGAGGCGUGGUUAGAACAGGUGUAUGGUGGAGAAGAAAUUCCCGCCUUCGAGGUUAAUGACCGAACCGUCAAAGUGCUUUACGGUUUGAUGUUGAGGAACCAGUCUCAGAACCGAAACACUCAGCUUGUUAUUGAUGAUCUGCGACAGAAGACCGAUGAAUACAGGGCAGAAGGUCAGAGACUGAAUUGUGUGUUGACCGAUGUCAACCUGACACCAUCGUCACUCUCUCAGUCUGGGGUGAUGAGCUUGCGAACUGUCGCCAACACAGCUCUUGUCUUACAAACUAAAGACGCUUCAGAUACAAGUUUUCUCUUGGCUGUGGAACGGUUAGAGGAUGAACUUGACCGGGUCAUUGAAAAUCGCCAGAUGGAACAACAGUCGUUAGCUCGACUGGUCAUCAAGACGAGAAACGCACUUCAUCAGAAUGGUACUUUACACAGGGUGUUGCAGUCACUUGAAGAGCAGAAGACCAUACAGCAAAAGGAAAUGCAGAAACAAGCUAAAGACAUUAGUUUUGUGCAUGCCAAAGCUAGAGAUUAUAAAGGUCACAUAAAAAAAAGACAGGCACAGUUGAAAGCUUCAGGGGCAGAUCCAUCUUUGUAUCAUCAGACUCUGGUUUCACAGUCACAGAGUCUGCAAGCCUUGAAAGAAAAAAUUGUUCCUCUGAAAGCCAAACUUGAUUCGUACCAGGACCUACCACCAAAUAUUUCUGAAGCAAGUGUGAAGAUAGAGGAAGUUAAACGGCAAGUGGCUGCACUAGACGAGGAACUGACAAGACUUAUCAACGUGAUGCAUAUAUGAUAUCGUAGUUCUGAAUUAUACACUCUUAUCAACGUGAUGCAUAUAUGAUAUCGUAGUUCUGAAUUAUACACUUAUCAACGUGAUGCAUAUAUGAUAUCGUAGUUCUGAAUUAUACACUGACAUCAAAACACUGUCAUGAAGAGUCUGCUUGUCUGUACAACUUCUGAAUUUUGUAUGGGCUUCGGAAAAUUGGGAGAACGAUAGUAUUGUUAACCUGGUGUUUACGCAAAUUUAUUGCUUUUGUGUAAAAAAAACCUUUUGUUCAUUUAGCAGGUUUUGUAAAACCCAGCUGGUAAUAUCGUAUAACCUACUUUGUACAAAAUUUAGGACAGCAUUUGCAUGGGUCGCACACAAAGGAAACUGGUUGCCUGAAUUUAUGUUUGCAUAACCUGUAAAUUGGUUAUGCAGAUUUGGCAGCCACUGCACAAUGACUGGUAUAGCAAAGGCCGUGGUAUGUGCAACCCUGUCUGUGGGAUGGUGCAUAUAAAAGAUCCCUUGCUACUAAUGAACAAGUGUAGUGAGUUUCCUCUUUAAGACUACGUGUCAAAAUUACCAAAUGUUUGACAUCCAAUAGCUGAUUAAUAAAAAUGAACAUUUGUUUUUUGUUUUUGGGUUGUUGUUUGUUUGGGGCGGUUGUUUUAUUUUGUUUGCAUAACCCAUAAGUUGUUUAUGUGAUAUGCACACACUUUCCAUAGUUGCAACAUGUUAUACACAAAAUGUGACUACAAUAUGUAAAAAAAAAAAACACCAGCCAUUUGUAUAGUGUUACUGACGUAAAAUAUGACUGCCAUAUUAGAA